UUCACUCAGAUUUUUCUAUUUUAAAAUUGUUUGGUUAUAAUCGUGACAUAUUUAUAUAUAACGCUGCGACAACACAGUGCCAAGUAAUUCUUCCCGUGGUUAUUUUUUUGGGUGAAAAAUGGUGUUGUCGCGACUAGGUCCCGCUCUAAAGUCCUGUUCGCGAUGGAAGUCGCCGUCGCUAAAUCUGGGCGGUAUCAGGACCGGGACUUCGUCCAGAUCAGGGGGAGUGCUUCCCGAACCCCACAAAACCUCAUUCGGGUUGCUCCGAAUUGUACUGACUGUGGUUCCUGGGCUCCUAAUAGGGGCCGCGAUUAGUAAAAAUAUAGCGAAUUUUCUUGAAGAGAACGACUUGUUUGUUCCUUCAGACGACGACGACGAUGACGACUAAGUGUGCUCAUAAGUUAAGAUCAAGCUUUUAAAUUUUAUUUAUUUAUUGUUAUUAGUGUGUUCAAUAAGUAUGUUUAUUGCAAUGAUCGAUUUUAUGGCUGAGCUCUCUCUGAAUUAAUGUGGUGUGUUUGGCACUUUCUUCAGGUGGCUUUUUGUGUGCCCCCAGCCAUAGAAACACUUGUAAAAUCUUCUUGACUGUUUAUUUUUCAGCGUCAAGAAGGGCUUUCUAGGUCAGUCAGGCUGUUUGACCCUCGUUUGUUGAUAUAAACCUGUAAUAUUAAGCAAAUAAAGAGUACCUGUGCUGAUUUAUAA